AUGAGCGUGUACGAUUCAGACGAUUCAGAAUUCAGCGACUAUGAGAGCAACGUUCACUUGGGUUUACCUGACGGUGGUCCAAUAUCCGAUUUAGAUGACAGAACGAUUGAAAUUUCAAGAAUUGGUGGUCAGCCUUCUUUCCCCCGUUUGAGAAAUCUACCAAGUACAUCUAGCAACUUAUGUAAGGUUUGCAACAACAACAUGGAACUUCUUUUGCAGAUUUUUGCACCAUAUCCUGAUUCUGUCAACGAUAGAGUUCUCUUUUUCUUCGCAUGCUCUAGGGCUUCCUGUCAGAAGAAGGAUGGUAGCGUUAGAGCGUUUAGGUGUCUCUCUAGGAAUGAAAAGUGGGCUAGAAAGCUUGCAAAAUUAAAACAAAGGGAUCAAGAGAAGAAGAAAAAGCAAGCUGAGGAAGACAAAAAAGCUAAAGAGCAAGCAACAACUAACCCAUUCACCGCCGGUAAAAGCAAUCCAUUUAGUCAAACUACAGGUGCUUUUGGUGCAGAUGAUUCAGACAGUGAAAGUGAAGAAGAACAACCUCGGUUUAAGAAGAUAAUAGAAUCUGAUAGCGAGGAAAGCAGCGAAGACGAAGAUGAAGGAUUAGAAGCAGAAUUAGCUAAAUUAGAGAUAUCAGAUGGUGGUGUAGCACCAACUAAACAAUACUGGCCAGAACAACCAAGUUAUGCUACUCAAUAUAUCGCAACCACACCGGAAGUCAUUCCAAAGCCAUCAAAAGAUAGUAAAGUAAAAAUAGAAGAUGUAAAACAAACACUUCAAGGUGCGGGUGGUAAUUCUGAGCUUGAAGAGUUCGAAAAGAGCAUGGGUAAUGGCAUGGAUGAGGCAUUUGAGCAUUUCAUCAAACACGUAAAUUACGAACCUCAACAGUGUAUACGUUAUGAGUUAGGAGGUACACCACUUGCUUAUACUAACAAGGAUGGUGUUUAUAAGAAACUCUUCGGUGGUGCGAACGAAGCAAGCGUAGCUAAUUACGAUACUGCAAAAUUACCAAGAUGUGAAACCUGUGGUAGCAAACGUGUAUUUGAAUGUCAAAUUACACCAAACAUUAUCAACUUAUGUAACAAUACAACACAGAACAACAACCUCAGUGAAGAGGAACGUAAGAAGGAACUUGAAGAGGCUUUAGCUGGUAAAUCCAAAGGCUCAACAAAGGCAGAUAUGGAAUGGGGAACGAUUAUGUUGUUCGUUUGUGAAAAUGAUUGCUGUUUAGAGUCAGGUAGUCAGAGUAAAGAAGCGAGGGAACAAUGGAUAGAGGAAUUAGCUUAUGUACAAUGGGAGUAA